UAAAUUGCAGUUUAACUUUCACCUUCAUCAACAACAGUGCUUUGUAGAUCAUAAAACAUUUAUGAUAGAAGUUGUAUCUGGAUUUGUCUGGCGAAUCAUUGCCAAUCGUGAGAAAUGUUUGUAUUAAUAAUAUUAACAUCAUUACUUCUUUCGACAAGCUCAAUUUUAAUUAAGCAAAUCAACAAAUACAACGGAUCAAAAAACCCAGUUUCAACCAAAGGGUUGGACUUAACCAUCUCUACCAUUUACGAUGAACCCUUUCUAUUCGAAAUCAGCUGUUUAGAGAACCGAACUCAAAGAAUUGGUUACAUUCAGGACUUAAUAAACGAGUUACAACUUCGUAUGGGGUUUGAAUACAAGUACGUAAUAGUUCCGGAUGGAAAUUACGGAGCUCCGAUUGGAAACGAUACCUGGAACGGAAUGGUCGGAGAAGUUUACCAUGGUAAAGCUGACAUGGCGUUUGCCGAUCUCACAAUUAACGCAAUGCGCUCCGAAGUUGUCGAUUUUACAGUUCCGUUUAUGCGAAUCGACUACGGGAUGAUUUUCAAAAAACCGACUGUAAAAUUUGGUAUAGUGGCUUAUUUGAUGCCAUUCUCAAAAAAAGUUUGGUUUACAAUUCUAGGAAGCCUAAUUUUGGUAUCAAUCACGCUUUACUUUUUUGGGUUGUUCUGUUCAUCUUCAAAUAACCAGCUUGAAAAUAUUGGUUGCUGUUUUUAUUUUUCAUUCGCGUGUCUUUUUGCACAAGGACCCGAAACGUAUCCAAAAUCAUUGGCCUCCAGAACAGCAACCGUAUCAUGGUGGUUUUUCUCCUUAGCGAUUCUUACCAUUUACACUUCAAGUUUAACGUCAAUGCGUACCGUAAACCGGGCAACUUUACCGCUUAGAACAAUCGAAGAUUUGCUCGAUUACCCAGACUUUCAUUUCGCAAUAGAACCCGGGCAGGCUGCUGAGUUAACGUUCCAGACUUCGACUUAUGAACCGUUUCAGAGAAUGUACCAAGAUAUGAUAAGUCGAGAUACAGGGUUCUAUUUAAUGCAAGAAGGCAUGGACAGGGCAAGAUCCCGAAACGACUUCGCUUUUAUUGUCGAGUCGCCGUAUAUUGAGUAUGAACUAACCAUUGCACCCUGUGACCUUGAGGUCAUCUUCAGUACAACUAGCCCCAAAACAGGAGUGGGAUACGGAAUCGCGUUUCCAAAAGGAUCGCCGCUGACUGAAGUUUUUUCGACCAAAAUUUUGGAACUAAUUGAAGAUGGUACCAUUGCGACGAUUCACAGAAGAUGGUUUGUAACUAGAUCACAGUGCUCGGAAAAAAAGAAGUUCGCUGAAAACGUAGAAGUCAUUGUUUUCAAAGAUAUACAAGGGCUAUUUUUCACAUUUGGAAUUGGUAUCGUUGUUGCGUUCGUCAUUUUUCUGGUAGCAAGUGUGUUCAAAGUUGCCAAGACGAAAUACAACAUGCAGAACUGUAAAAACCGACAACUAAACUAUUAA